GAGUCCAGCGGUGCCAGCGCGCGCCCACAGCAGCCACCCCGCCACGGAGAAGUGGAAGCCAACGCCCAACUGUCGGCUCCUCCGCUAUUCCCUCCCUCCUCGGAUAGAGAGCAAACUCUCAGCAGGGCUGCUACCGUCGCGACAGCUUAACCACAGUAUUUCACGAAGACUACUUUUCAUGCGGAACUUCAUUCAGAGGUGGAAAACCUAGCUUUAGUCGGGGAACAGGUGUGGGAUAGCCGUCAGUACUGAGGCAGUAAAAUAUAUAUUUCCGUCGACGCUCAAGACAAGUUUGCUUAUUCAAACGCUGUUCGUCAUUUUCUGGCGAUAAGAAUCUACCGAGCACGAUCUCAGUGUAAUAAGUUAGUUACUUAGUUGUAGAAUGGCUGAUACAAACACGUCCAGCUCUGCUGCCAACUGCGUGGAGAAGCUAAAAAGUUACGUGAAGACUCAGAAAGGGCUCAUCCUCGCUGCAGAAAUACUCAUCAGUUUCAUCAUCAUCAUCUGCUAUGCUGCGUCUCGGUACGGAGGCUACUCUGCUGUGGCCAUCUGCGAGAUGAUCUUCGCUAUAGUCUUCUUCGUCAUCUUCAUGAUGGAGCUGGAUAAGCAGAUCCAAGUGAUCAACUGGGUCUGGAGUGACCUUUUCCGUGCUGGCAUUGGUGCUGCUCUUUACAUCAUCACUUCUCUGAUCUGUGUCAUCGGAGGAGCCGGGGAUGGCGCUCGAAUCGCAGGAGGGGUAUUUGGUUUGAUCGCUGGUAUCUUGUUUGCCUAUGACACCUACACCAUCUUCAUGCAAAUCAAGAGCACUAGGCAGCACACGGGAGCUCCUACCGAUGACACCGUUUAAACACUCCAAGACAUGUAUACCUCUGUCAAGACUGGAGCAGAACGUGAGGACAGCUGUGCAGAGGUUAACAGAAGAGUGGAGCGCAGAGGAUUAUAGACAGUGAAAUGAACAGGUCACAUUUUAUUCAAGACCACUGUAUGUGUGAACAGUUGAGAGAUUUGUUUUAGGGACACAUUUGAGAGGAGGGAGACAUAGCCAGAGUGAGUGGUACUGUACAUCUGUGUCUGCAUGUCAGACAGUACUGUCUACUGCAUGAGGAAUUACUUUCACAAACCUUGCCACCAACCUCAAUGUACCACUGAUUAAAAAGGGAAAUAACAGGCAAUGUACCCAACCGGUCAAAAAUUUGAGAGCACCUCCACUUUUCCAGUUGUUAUUGGUGUAAUUCACUGGUGGAAUUCUUUGUAUGAAUUAAAUCAAAUGUUGCUGAGACAGACAGCACUGCUGCAGACGUUCCCACAGGUUCGUUGCACUUGUAGGUAGCUUUGCUUUUACUCUUCAUCAGGAAAGCCUGGACACUGUGCUGCCCCUCCAGCAUUUGAAUCCGACUGGUUAAUUUCUUGUACACAGCCUUUUUUCCUGAAAUCUUGAAAAGGUCUGACUGCCUUUGUUAGUCACCUUUUACCAAAUGAUGCUUCGCAGGGAGUAGUAACAGUCUUUUCCAGCACUGCCUUUGUACAGAUAGAAUUUGUUAUCAUAAGUAAUCAUCAAAAGUUGGGACACCUGUAGGAACUUUUUGCAUCAGUUGUCAAGACUUCAUUUCCUUUCCUUGUGGCAGAGAAUACAUAAGUUAACUAGGGCUGCCCCCUAAAAGUCGACUACUCGAAUCAUUAGUCGAGUUGACUGAGACUCUUAUAGGCGAACCUUUGUUUUUAUUUUUUGUUAGCCAGUGUGCAUUACAAUAGAAAGCAGCCCCAGCCCCCGUUAGUUUGUCAUCUCCUCAUUUUGGUGUGCCAAGCAGCAGUUUGCUCAGUACUUACCCCCGUGGUCUGGGGGGGAUACCUACUUCAACGGUGACACUGUGCGAUGCAUGGAUGUAUAAGGUCCAACAGCACUAUUUAGCAAACUGCUGCUGCUAUAGGUGCAUCGGGUUUGUAGUGUAGCGCACAACCAUUUAUCUUAUGUUUCUGCAACAUGCAUCCGUCUGAACGGGACCAGGAAGCUAGCAAAAAUGCACUGGGAAGACAUUUCAAUGAGGAAUUAUAAGACAAGGGAAUCAUAAGUAUGUAUUCUUUAGCAGUGCAAGUUGGCACACAUCAAACGUAACAACAUGCCCUAUGGUUAACUGAAAAGAAAAACAGCUUGUUGGUACACUGUGAUAUAACCAUGUCUCAGAAGAAAGAACUGCCUAUAAGAGCUUUGUUUCAACAGGAAUACACGUGUGCUGCCUGUCUCGUUAUUCCAACAAAUCCAUAUGGCAGCCUGACAUUAUAUGUCAUAAAUUUAAAAAGGUUGCGGUUUAAAUCUUGCAUUAUAUGCAAACUGUCCUUUAUCGAUUUAUAAAUACUCAGAAAUAUGUUCCUGUCACUCU